AACAACCAACUGUGAUCCAAACCCAAAGCCCUCCUACUACACAAGGAAUCGAUCUUCCAUCAAAACCCAAACGAUAGAUCGUCCUGAAACCCUAGCCUCUGUUCCUAAACAACAACCAAACCACACUAUGGCGGAAGUUGAAGUUGACGUUGCGGCAGCCGGAGCACCGAAGAAGAGGACGUUUAAGAAGUUCUCGUUCAGAGGAGUGGAUUUGGAUGCUCUGCUUGAUAUGUCUACUGAUGAGCUUGUUAAGCUCUUCACUGCUCGUGCUCGCAGAAGGUUUCAGAGAGGUUUGAAGAGGAAACCUAUGGCUUUGAUUAAGAAGCUUCGCAAAGCUAAACGCGAGGCACCAGCUGGUGAGAAGCCAGAGCUUGUGAAGACUCACUUGAGAAACAUGAUCAUCGUUCCAGAAAUGAUCGGGAGCGUUGUGGGUGUCUACAAUGGCAAGACUUUUAACCAGAUCGAAAUCAAGCCUGAGAUGAUCGGUCACUAUCUUGCGGAAUUUUCUAUUUCAUAUAAGCCUGUCAAGCACGGUAGACCCGGUAUUGGUGCCACCCACUCUUCCAGGUUUAUUCCAUUGAAGUGAGGCUAUGAUUUUUCUCUUUUAACUGUGUUCCGAAUGUUAAAUGUUUUUGUUCGCUUUUUUUUUUAAAUUGCUUGUUAUACCUUCUUUCAGUGUUUUUAAGUUUAUGUUCUGUUAUAACUUCUCAAGUUCCGGUGGAUCCCAACAUUCGGACCGACCGCUCUUAUAGCAAGACUGAAACACAUUAGAUCUUUUUAGUUUUUUGCUUCA